ACGCCCGUCGCGGGGAAUUUAACGUUUUUCACCUCAGCUGCUGGCCGUUUGGGUCAUCCGCUUGCUCGAAGGAAGCGUUGGGCAUUCUCUUCUGUAGAAUGAAUGCAAGUAACUGAAGUCGUGGAACACAUUUAACUCAUGUGGUCCCACUAGCAGUUCUCCUCCCAGCCUUUGUGAACCUGCAUUUCAACUUUACUCUGCCACGGUGUGGGACCCUUGCAACAUGGCGAGACGUCAGCAAAUGGCCGUUGACAUUUUGGACGAAAACCGAGUGGCCCUUCUAGCCCUCAAGAGGAACGAAAAUGUUGAGCGGCUUCUUGCCCAACAACCCACGACGAAACGAGCUGCGUUGGCGACUCUGCAAACUAGCGUUGUGCCGGGUUCCAAACGAACGACCAAGCAGGAGCAAACAAAACAGCUUCAACAGCCCACAAGGCGGGUGACACGACAGGUAUCUGCUGCAGAACGAAUCUCUGCCGCAUCUGGUGCAUUCACUGUAUUUGAGGAUGUCACAGACAAGGAGAAUGACACAGAGCCAACAGUGUCAUUGCAGCCACGUGGAGCUCGCUCCAAGAGGCUUUCAUCAAGUCAUGAUGCAGUGGCAAGGGAGCCAUUACAUGAAGUUCCUGCACCUGCUUCUCCAGAUGCAAUCAUGGACUGUGACACUGCUGAAUCUCCAAUGCUACUGGAUACUUCUUUAUCAGCGGAAGCGCCCACAACUCCUAUUUGCUAUACUGAGGAAAGGGAAGCAGCUGCAGGCACGGAGUACGCUCAGGACAUAUACAACUACCUCAAGGAGCAAGAGAAAAAGCUGAUGCCCAAAGCGACCUACAUGCUGAAGCAGCCAGACAUUACUACAUCCAUGCGCACCAUCCUUGUCGACUGGCUCAUCGAGGUGUCCGAGGAGUACAGGCUUCACUCGGAAACUCUCUUUCUGGCUGUGUCCUACGUCGACAGGUUCCUUUCCUCCAUGUCAGUGGUGCGAACUAAGUUACAGCUAGUUGGCACAGCUGCACUCUACGUGGCUGCCAAAUUUGAGGAGAUUUACCCACCAGAAGUAUCGGAGUUUGUGUACAUAACGGAUGACACAUACACCAAGAAGCAAGUUCUUCGCAUGGAACAUUUAGUACUAAAAGUGCUGGCCUUUGACCUGGCGGCCCCAACGCCAUACUACUUCCUUCUGCGAUUUUCGACCAUCAGCAAGGCACCUGACACAGUCAAGCACUUGGCACAGUACUUGUGUGAGCUGUCCCUUUUGGAAGAAGACCCCUACUUGCAGUACCCACCCAGCAUAAUUGCAGGAGCUGCACUGUGCCUCGCUAACCACACUCUGAACCGCUGCCCUUGGAGUGAUGACCUGGUGAGAUAUACUGGCUACCAGGUGUCUGACUUCCGGGAGUGUAUCCACUGCCUAUACAGCUCAUUCAGCAAUGCUGCAACCAUGCAGCAACAAGCAGCACAGGAAAAGUUCAGACAUUCAAAGUUCCACUGUGUUGCAAAUUUGAGGCCAGCACCAACUCUGCCGUUUUAACCUGAAGGCCUCACCUUGCACCCAAACAAAAGGAUGACUUGCUUUGUACCACCAGGAAACCAUCGAAAUAACAGUGAACGGACAGCUCAAUCCUUCGUCAUUCAUCUCUGCAUCAGACUCAAGUCAUCCCUAUCACCCUUUUGACCGAAGUUUUUGUACAAGCCUUUGUGACCUCUAAUCUUGCAGAUGAUUAUCUGUGUCAUUUUAGUAGAGCCUUUGAUAACUGUAUAUUGACCGAAGGUCAUUUUUACCAUGGCCAUAGGUGGUUUCCAACAGAGUAAGAACGGGCAUUGUGGCAUCGUGAGCAUUGGCUAUGAUUGCAUUUGAGUAUCUUGACUCCUUCGCCUAACAAAUGUGGCUUCAGGUUUCUGCGGCUCUUUAGCAGGGAAAGUGAUAAAAUUUUUACGCUUAGCUUAGGUCGUAUGGACUCGUGUGUGUUCAUUUUACAUUUGUGUACAUAAACAUUGCAUUGAACAAAAUACAUGCUACUUUUUCUA